AUGUUAAUCGGUAUCAGCGGCUCCAUCUGCUCCGGCAAACACACCACCGCCGAAUAUCUCGUUCAACACCAUGGAUUCCUCCGUCUUCAUCUUCCCACACAAUCACGAGUCCACAAUCCGCCCAAAAUAUCAUCAUCAUCAACCUUGGUUUCCCAAACUAAUUCGACCUCUCACCAACAAGAAGACUCCCAAUCCGACUCAGCACGUCUCCUGCCAAGUAUAACCGACCAACGAGGAACCCGCGGCCUCACAUUUCCCGACGUCGACGCAUUACUCGACUUUGUGACCAAACGAUGGCGAGAACAUUGGGUAUUGACAGAUGUUUCAGAUGAAGCGACUUUGGAAAUGUUAUUGCGAAGACCGUUUUUCUUACUUAUUAAUGUCGAUGCCCCUGUGGGGUUGCGAUAUAGGAGAUUUACGGAUCGGUGA